AUGGAUACAGAGGAAGCACAGGAAUACCUGCGAUCCCUGCUGAAUAAAAACUUGCGAGUCUUCACCACGGAUGGCCGCCUCUUCUGGGGCUCGCUCAAGUGCACUGAUCCGGUUCGCAUCACCCUGCUUCCGCGCGGCCAACGAACCAGCCCUCCACUCUGCUUCCUGCUAACUUGCUGCCUCGACCAGGAUAGCAACGUCGUGCUGGCGCACACGUACGAAUACCGACAGCCCUCGGCCGAUGCCCUUCGUCAACUAGCCGGGGAGGCCGGCGGGAGUAUGAUUCCGGCCGCCAUGUCAUCGCGAUACCUCGGCCUGGUGGUAGUGCCGGGCCAUCACAUUGUCAAGAUGGAGCUUGAACAAUUUGCAAGCCAAGUUGCGACCAGGGACCGUCCUCGAUGA